AUGGACCCCCCGCCGCCCUGUGAAUCCCAGUCGAGGGGGAAAAUCCGGAAAGGAUUCAAGCUGUUUGGAAAACGCAAGCCGGGCAACAUAUUUUCCCUGCGAAGCAAAAAGGACGACAACGGCACGUCGUCGUCGUCGCCCGCCAUCAGGAGCAACGGCGCCGAUGGAUUACCGCCGGACUCGGAGCAGCGGCGAGAGAAGGAAAACGGGCGGGAGGUGAGUCGGGGAGAGAGGGAGCAGGCCGAGGACGAGCUGCUGGGGGAAGACGGCGCGCCGGCCGCCAACGCCGCCGCUCGCGCCUCCGUCUCUUCGGCCGGCUCGGCCAAGUCCCUCGGCUUCCUGUUGUUGCUGAGGGGAGGCCGGAGGGGGGCCGAGGACCGCCGGGUCCGCACGGCGUCCCGGCCCGCGGGGCGCCACCGCCACCGCCGCGGCCUGAAGGGUCUCUUCGGCAGCGUCAAGUUCCGAUCGAAAGAUAAAGAGGAAGGCGAAGAAGAAGCCCCGCCUCCGAGCCCGCUGCUCAUGUCCUCGCGCGCCAACAGCGUGGAGAUCAUCAAAGAGGACCUGCCGCUCACCCCCAAGUCACGCCCCCGCUCUCUGGACAGCCUCGAGAUCGAGAGCUGGGUGCCCGACGAGAGCGGCGCGGCGGCGGGCGACGAGCGUCGAGGCGACGAGCGUCCGCCGCCGCUGGAGCCCGGGGAGAACAGCCUGAGCUGCUUGCUGGCCGACAUCUCCUCUCUGCUGACCUUCGACUCGAUCACGGGCGGCGGAGACAUCAUGGCCGACGUGGAGGCGGAGUGGGGGAAAGCCAGCAGUCCCGUCCGCGGCGGCGGCGGCGACGGCGACUUCGCGGCGCUGCCCACAUCUUACGUCUCCAAACCCUUCAUCUCAACUCCAAUGACCUCUUUCUCCGUCGGCACGGCGACGAAACCGCGUCCCGUCGCCGUCCCCGCGACGGCCUCGACCCAAUCGUUCGCUGCCCCGAGCCGGGACUCUCCUCCGCUCGCAGACUCCACGCCUCCGUCUGGAGUUACGAUCAAAUCGACCGCAGGCGCGACGAACCCCUCGACCGCCCCUUCGACUUCGGCGGACCUUUCGGCCCCGGUGAUAUCUCUCCCUUCGCUGAGCUCCAUCUCUCCUGCCACCGCGGCUCCACCCAACACGCCGGCCGCCGCCGUCAAGGCUCCCCCCGUGAGCUCGACUCUCACCUGUGCGGCGAGAAAACCGUCUUCAGAGGUCGCGGCGCCUCCUCGAGCGUUGACCUCGGUGAGUAAAACCGUCUCUGUCGCCGCUCCAACCCCGGCACCGGCUCAACCUCCACCGGUGACCCGGAGCGGCCCCGCCCCGGUUGCUUUUACUCAACCUCCGUCUGCUAAAUUGGAUUCGCCGAACUAUUUGAACCUGCGACCUUCCACUUCCGACAAACCUUCCUUGAGUUUAGCCGCAGGAGACUCUCAACCCCCGGUGACGGCAUCGCCACCUUCCUCUUCCGGACCGGUUCCCCCCUCGAAGGCGUCAGCUACGCCCUCGGGCUCGGGACCCGCGGCCCUCUCCAAACCUACGCUCACCUCGAGCCCGAUGGACUCCUACAAGACCCCGCCCCCCCCCGUGAGCGCUCCCGAUAAGUACCCUUCCUCCUCCCAGCCCUGCUCUGCGUCCGUCCCGACUCCAUCUUCCUUUUCAUUCGAUAGGAUUCCUGCCGUGACGAAACUUAUUCCCGCACCGGCCUCAUUAGAUAAGACGGCCCCUGUUCCCACACCGGCCCCGCCCCCCACCACUGUUAUGACAGCGUGCCCAACACCUCCGGCUCACAUCCCAGUCUCUCAAUCUAAAGCCCCUCCUGCACCGGCUCAUAUCACAAGUUCUGUAUCUAAAGAUCCACCUGCUCAGAUGCAAGUAUCUCAAACUAAAGCCCCUCCUGUCACCCCUCAAAUCCCAAUGUAUGAGUCUAAUGAUCUGCCAGCUCCUGUUAAAAUGCAAGUUCCUCAAUCUAAAGCCCCUCCUCCUCCGGCUCAGAUUCCAAUUUCUGUAUCUAAAGAUCCAUUUGCUCAAAUGCAAGUUCCUCAGUCUAAAGCCCCUCCUCCUCCGGCUCAGAUCUCAAUUUCUGUAUCUAAAGAUCCAUUUGCUCAAAUGCAAGUUCCUCAGUCUAAAGCCCCUCCUCCUCUGGCUCAGAUCCCAAUUUCUGUAUCUAAAGAUCCAUUUGCUCAAAUGCAAGUUCCUCAGUCUAAAGCCCCUCCUCCUCCGGCUCAGAUCCCAAUUUCCGUAUCUAAAGAUCCAUUUGCUCAAAUGCAAGUUCCUCAAUCUAAAGCCCCUCCUCCUCCGGCUCAGAUCCAAAUUUCUGUAUCUAAAGAUCCAUUUGCUCAAAUGCAAGUUCCUCAGUCUAAAGCCCCUCCUCCUCCGGCUCAGAUCCCAAUUUCUGUAUCUAAAGAUCCAUUUGCUCAAAUGCAAGUUCCUCAGUCUAAAGCCCCUCCUCCUCCGGCUCAGAUCCCAAUUUCCGUAUCUAAAGAUCCAUUUGCUCAAAUGCAAGUUCCUCAAUCUAAAGCCCCUCCUCCUCCGGCUCAGAUUCCAAUUUCUGUAUCUAAAGAUCCAUUUGCUCAAAUGCAAGUUCCUCAGUCUAAAGCCCCUCCUCCUCCGGCUCAGAUCCCAGUGUGUAUCUCUACUGGCCUUCCUGCCCUAGUUCCCAUCCCAGUGUCUGCAUCUAAAGACCCUCCACAUUCGAUCACACUCUCUCAAUCUAAAGCCCCGCCCCCUUCCCCUUCCCCUAGCCCCGUCACCUCUCCUCUUUCCCCUCCCUGGUGGAGCGAGGCCCCGGCCUCUGCUAAAACGAGACAGGCAUCGGUGGACGAGCAACCGAUCAGUCCGAGCGGCACGUGUUUUCCCCCGGGGGGCCGGGCCGCGCUGUCGGAAGAGUCACGCACAAGUCUCCAGGGCCAAUCGCGAGAGAGAAGGUUACCACAAGCAAAGGCAUCGGGCCUGAGCAAAAUACCUGUCGUCGGAGGGGAGGGCAGUCAAGCCGCCGGCGCGGGACGGUCACCACGUCGACGACGAGGCGUGCCGGGCCCCGCCGACCACCCCCGUGCUCGAAGAAGAAGAGAGGCCCCCCCGCUUCCCGUCACAUGACUCGGGGAGCAAAGAUAAAGUCUGUGGCGUCGAGGCCUCGAAACACAGCCGGGAGGAGAGUCAGCAGCUUCCAAAAGUCCUCAGCGGCGUCCCGCGUGACUCAAAGAUCCCCGUGAAGAACCCGCCUCAGGCCGCCUCCCACAUCCCUCUGCCCUGUCGCACCAAGGUCCCCGUGUCCAAGGUCCCCGUCCGCAGGGCCGCGAACAAACCUGCCGCUGCAGGCGGGAGCGCUCAGAUGAGGAAAUGAAAACAUGGACUUCAAUCAUUCAAGACUGAUUAGGACUUUGGAACUUUUUUUUUCUCUCUCUCAAACUUAGUGACGAGGUUUUCUCGGUUCUCACGGCCCCCAUAAGAGUCAAAGAGGCUGAAUACCACUCAAGCACAAAAGACAUCUCCGCGAGGAGCCGAGGCAACGAGCCGGGGCUCUGUGGUGCUGAGGAGACGGGACAUGCACUCAGGAAAAGGUCCCGGGGUCACGCCAGAACACGGGGACGAAAGGAUAAGCAAGAAAAAACAUGGCCGAGUGCCUUUUUGAUUUACGGUGCUUUUUUUCUCUCUCUCUCUCUCGGACCGAAUCUUUUUCUACGGUACUUUUAACUUUUGUUAAUCCCGCUUUUUUUUGCGGGAACCGUCAAAAUCUAUUUUUGUUCCGGGUCUUUCUUUUCCAGCAAAGUCUCUUUGAUAAACAACCAGUCCCUUCUCUCCCCCCCCCCCCCCCCUUUUAUUUAUCUCUGGAGAAGGACAGCAGGAGCUUUUUAAACCAAAUUUACAUUCCACAUCUUAUCUUUGGAUGUAUGUAGCAACAACAACAAAAGAAGUUCAUCCAUUUUUUUGUUGCACAAGAUGUUGAACUGUGCGGCUCCGAGCCGCGUGUCCGCCUGCUCGUAUGUAACGCGAUUAGAUCUCACUGUGAACUCUGGGAGAGGCUGGGCUUCGAGAUGAGCGAGACGGAGAGGAUGCUGAGAUGAGAUCUCUCGUACACUGGCGCGCCCUCAUCCCCACUUGUACUCAGAUGAGAACAAUAUCUCUGUGUAUAUAUAUAUAUAGUCUCAUCGGUGUUGUUCUGUUUCCUAUUUAAUCAAUAAAGAUGAGAUCUGUG